AUGAAGAUCAUAAUUUUAGCUGUUUUAAUAGCAACAGCCGUUGCUGCCACAUAUGAUGUGUAUCCGACUAAAUACGAUAACGUCGAUAUCGAUGCUAUCCUUCACAACAAGAGACUUUUCGAUAAUUAUCUGCAGUGCCUGUUGAAGAAAGGCAAAUGUAACGAAGAAGCUGCUAUUUUACGGGACGUCAUUCCAGAUGCUCUCAUUACUGGCUGCAGAAAAUGUAACGAUCAUCAGAAGGUGUCGGUGGAGAAAGUAAUCAGAUUCCUCAUUAAGGAACGCAACAGCGAUUGGCAACAACUUAUCAGCGUUUACGAUCCCAAAGGAGAAUAUCAAACACAAUAUGCUCACUAUUUGGAAAAAAUCUAA